UCGAUAUCUUCCGAGGGGGCGUAAAUACAACAUUACUUUACUUAUAGAAUCAUAUGACAGCUGUAGAGAGGCGGGAGUUUUGCGUUCACAUCUCUUUAUCAUCUCUGCCAAUAUUUAUCAUUAUCUUCAAAAUGGAGCGAGUGGAGGAACUGAGGCAAAAUACCAAAGAAGCAUUUGAAGCAUUUCACCGAGUUCAGCGGGAAAAAUGGCAGUUUUUACAAAACUUUCACGACUCAGCCAUGGAAAUCUUACUCAAGGAAAUGUCUGAUAACCUCCGAGUCAACUUAGAGACGUAUCUAGAAAUGAGGAAUGGAAACUUAACCGCUACUCUCAAGAAUAUGGAUGAAUAUCUGCACCAGGCGUCUGCAGUACUCGCUGACAUUAAGGACUACAGGUUGCAACUCGUACAGGCGUGCAAUCAUAACAUCCAGCCUCCCUUUACAUCUCCAGAGGAAGAAUCCAUACUGGUGAAUGGGCAAGGAAUCAAGGAUCUAGAGAACAUAUCUAGUGAUGCAGAUGAGUGUGUGAUGCAGGUUAGUGAGCUGCAGGAACAGGCUUACACCCUCAUGAACACAUUAUGGCAAAACUUAUCACAAAAGAUUGGCAUGAUGAUGAGCGAGGUGGUGGUCGAGAUGAAAAAGCAUGACGAAGGACGGCUGCGGGAGGUCGAGGAGGUAUGGCAGCGCGGCAAUGAAGAGCUGGACGAGGCAGUGCAAGUGCUAGAGAACAUGGAAAAGGUCAAACAGCAUUUAGAAUGUCUUUGUGAAAUGUUCAGGAAACCAGAUUACUAAAAUCAUGCAUGAAUCACUGGCAUUGCAUUACCGAGACGUCAUUUUCAAGCUUUCAUCUUAUCUGGAAUGUUUUCUAGUGAUAGAUAUCGGAGGCUGCAGUACGCAUGGUGCUUUUACAAUUGUUAUAAGGAUUAUGUAUUAUUGGGAUAAGAACACAUGUGAAACUUGUGCAAAUUGCAAGUUUGAAUGAAAGAACAUUUAAAAAUACGGUCUUAGUCAAUUAUUGACGGAGAAAUUUUACUUUUCUGUUAAUCUUAUUAAGAGGAAGACUUUUUAUGUUCCAUGUAUUUGGGCUUUGUAUUAUAUUAUUUGCCAGACA